AUGUCAUCAUUCAACGCUCCCACUUUUGCUACCAGUAAUGGAAAUGGAGGGCUUGCAGGUGAUCAUCUUCCUUCUGAUACCAUCAAGAGCCACCCAAUAACCCCAGAAACCUCAGUUCACAUCACUAAAGACGAUACAAUCCCCUCGCCAGUUGGGGCGCAUGCUGAUACCAGCGGGCCUUCGUCGAAUGGCUUCGACCAGAACGUAAACACGGCGUCAGGGGACAUGAUUUUCGCCAAUAUGCCGAGAAGUAAAGCGCCUAAAGAUAGGACUACCGUAUUCUACGACAUUCCUAAAACUGGUUAUUAUUGGUCAACUACUGAUUACAGGAGAGAUGAAGAGGCCAAUAGUGCAGCGUAUGAUUUCAACACUAAAGUUAGAGAUAAAGCUAGAGAUUAUUGGGAAGCAGCUGAAACUCUAGAAAAGUCCGGAGAUAUCGAUGACAAUACCAGGAGGAAUUUGACUAAGAAAGCUGUACAAGAUAUCUUUACUGAAGGUGCACCCUUUAAUCUUGUUCAUGUUUACGAAAACACUUACGAGCAGCUUUCAGAGAUUUUUGAUGCUAAAUCCACGGUUAAUGCAACAAAACCAGCAAGAUCAGUCCUUGUUAUUGCUGUGAAUACAAGACUUUCUGGUGAUCAGUCUAGUACUUCUCCCGAUACAAUUAGACAAUACAGGACUUUUACACCUGUAGCGUCGAGCAAAGGAUACAAAACACACAGCAUCUCACCUUCGACUGUGGAAGGAAGACGUCAACGGUGUGAAGUGAUGGCUGACGAUUUCAACAGGAAAGUGAAUAGUAAAAGGCAUAGGAAAUCAAAAGGUUGGACGGAUAUCGCUGCCCGUUUGACCGAUCGGUAUACAACAUAUGAGAAAUAUUCCAUUGUCGGCGUCGAUCAGACUUUGGUGAAUCGGCCGUCAGAUAAGCCUUUCAACCCGUUAAAAAGUAUCGGCGCUAUUCCAGAUACAAAGAUUGUCAAAAGAUCUAAUAGAUCUGAUAAGGGUCAAGACCCGGGAUUGUCCAGACUUGCAGAAGACGCCGAAGAGUGUGAGGUACAUGAUUAG